AUGUCGAGACCAGAAGACCUUCUCCCGUAUGCAUAUGGCCAAAGCUCGGAACGAGUAUAGAAGCAUGGCUGACAGCCUUCCAGACCCGAUGUAUUCUACAAUGACUCAGAGUCGCGAAAAUACACCACCUCCUCCCGGAUCAAAAACAUCCAGGCAGACAUGACAAACCGUGCCCUGGAACUGCUCGACCUCCAGGAACCUUCCUUCAUCCUAGACGUGGGCUGUGGCUCGGGCCUCUCGGGGGAGAUACUAUCCGACGUCCCCUCAGAAGAAGGCGGACCACACACAUGGGUGGGAAUGGACAUUUCCUCCUCGAUGCUGGCACAAGCGCUAGAACGCGACGUCGAGGGCGACAUGCUCCUCGCAGACAUCGGACAGGGGAUCCCCUUCCGGGCAGGCUCCUUCGACGCCGCAAUCUCCAUCUCCGCGAUCCAAUGGCUCUGCAACGCGGAGACCUCCGACGUCUCCCCCGAGGGCCGCCUCAAACGCUUCUUCGACGGCCUCUACGCCGCCCUCAGACGCGGCGGCAAAGCCGUGUGCCAGUUCUAUCCCAAAAACCCGCAGCAGCGAUCCAUGAUCUCCAACGCGGCGAUCAAGGCGGGCUUCGGCGCCGGCAUCCUCGAAGACGACCCGGCAACCAAGAACGUGAAAGUGUACCUCGUGCUCUCCGUCGGCGGCGGCGACGUCACCGGCGCCGUGCGCGGGAUGAGCGAUGUGGACGUCUACGACGCGCGCCGGAAAGAGCGCAAACGCGGCAAGGAAGUCGACAAGAAGAAGGGCAGCAAGGCGUGGAUCCUGCGCAAGAAGGGCCAGAUGGAAGCCAAGGGCAAGGUGGUCAAGGCCAGUUCGAAGUACACGGGCAGGAGGAGGAAGACGGCGUUCUGA